ACGAUCCAUAUCGGGACGAAUUCUCCAUUCCUGAUGACCUGUCUCGCCAUCCGCCUCUGAAAUUCCAGCUCCCGGAGGACGGCGACGGCCCUCCAUCGGCUCCACCACUUCUUCGGUAACCUCUUCCCGGGCCACCAGACCGGAGAAAGAACCGGAAAAAAUGGAAGUGGGCAUGUCCCUGAACGCAACGGUCCGUCUUCCCCUGGCGGGCUCCCGAGUGGCCCACGACGACUCCCCCGGGCUGGCCAGGCACUCCCUCUCCACCUCCCGCGCCGCCGCCGCCCGCCCGCGGGCCCGCCGCGGGCGGCCGCCGCUGGUGGUGGAGGCCAAGGGCAAGCGGGGCAUGCAGGCCCGCCAGUUCCAGCGGCCCCCGCCCCCUCCUCUGCCCAAGAUCGAGGACGACGGCAACCCCAGAUUCGUCAUCUUCAUUCGGAUGGCCAAUGUUUAUCUUUGGUACCCGCUCAGUCUGAUAACUGGCGGCACCACUGCCAAAAUCAUGGUGGCGGCGAAAGAUAAUUUCUUGGGGAAGUACAUUUACAAGGACACUCUCGCCAGGAAUCUUGCUGCUGUUAUCUACAGAGAUGAGAAGGAGAUUCAGAAGACUGCACUCAAGCAACAUCGUGUCCUGAGGACGGCCACUGAGUUCAGAUAUGGCUACAAGAUUGUGGAAAAUGGUAAUGUGCGAGCAGCACUUUCAACCACAGACGUCAUUGAGCUUCCAACACAAGACCAGCUGAAGACUGUGUUCGAUAAAGUGAAGGACUUAUUUGGAGAUGCUAAGGAAUCAUUCGGAAAACUCACAGCCCUAAAUUCAACGACGAGCGAAGAACCCAAGUCUGAGGAAAGCUCUAAAGAAAAAGAGAAGGUUAAAAGCUGAGAUAAAGAAAGGAAUCCCUAGAAGGUGGCCGCUUUGUUCGUUUGAUAUGGAGGUUGCUGAAGGGAUUACACAGAUUCAGGCGAAGUAAGGCAUACGAAUUAAAUUUCUCUGCACAGUUUAGCUUUGUGAUAUUUUUGGAAAUUUCUGUCAAUCUAACUGGGUUUGCUUUAGCAACAUCUCCAAGUGCAAAUAUAGCAUCUCUUAGAUAUUGAUUGUUGGCAAUUACAAAUUUA